UCCUUGUUCCUAGCAGCAGGCACUGCUGUGUCAGUGGUGUGUGUGGAAUGGAAGUCCUAGUUGGUAGCCUGUUAUGGAAACGCUGUUUGCUGUUAUUGUAGUACCGUGGUGACAACAUGCCAUUGAAAUGGAAAACGAGCUCUCCUGCUAUCUGGAAAUUCCCAGUUCCUGUGCUUAAAACAUCCAGGUCAUCGCCACUUUCUCCAGCAUACAUAUCUCUGGUGGAAGAGGAGGAUCCUCAUAUGAAAGUGUCUCUUGGCAGCAGCGAUAUGGGCGUCUCUGCCCAUCUGCAGUCUUCAAAGACAGGGACCACGCGGUUUUUCACCAGCAACACUCACAGUUCUGUGGUAUUACAGGGUUUUGACCAGCUGCGGGUGGAAGGUUUGCUUUGUGAUGUGACGCUUGUCCCAGGGGAUGGUGAUGAAGUGUUCCCUGUCCACAGAGCAAUGAUGGCUUCUGCCAGUGACUACUUCAAGGCCAUGUUCACAGGAGGAAUGAAGGAACAGGAUUUAAUGUGCAUUAAGCUUCAUGGUGUGAACAAAAUAGGCCUAAAGAAGAUCAUUGAUUUCAUUUAUACUGCAAAACUUUCCCUUAACAUGGACAACCUUCAGGACACUCUGGAAGCUGCCAGUUUUUUGCAGAUUUUACCUGUUUUGGACUUCUGUAAAGUGUUUCUUAUCUCUGGGGUUUCCUUGGAAAACUGUGUGGAGGUUGGGCGCAUUGCCAACACAUACAAUCUCACAGAAGUUGAUAAAUAUGUUAAUAACUUCAUCCUGAAGAACUUCCCUGCGUUAUUAAGUACUGGUGAAUUUGUGAAACUCCCCUUUGAACGUCUUGCCUUUGUGCUUUCAAGUAAUAGCCUUAAGCACUGCACUGAACUCGAGCUCUUCAAGGCGGCGUGUCGCUGGCUGCGGUACGAGGAGCCCCGGAUGGAGUAUGCUGCGAAGCUGAUGAAGAACAUCAGGUUUCCACUGAUGACUCCCCAGGAUCUUAUUAACUAUGUUCAGACAGUGGACUUCAUGAGGACUGACAAUACCUGCGUGAACUUGCUUUUGGAAGCCAGCAAUUACCAAAUGAUGCCGUACAUGCAGCCGGUGAUGCAGUCGGAGAGAACUGCCAUUCGGUCGGACAGCACUCACCUGGUGACCUUGGGGGGGGUGCUGAGGCAGCAGCUGGUUGUCAGCAAGGAGCUGCGGAUGUAUGACGAGAAGGCCCAUGAGUGGAAAUCCUUGGCUCCCAUGGAUGCACCAAGGUACCAGCACGGCAUUGCCGUGAUCGGAAACUUCCUUUACGUGGUUGGGGGGCAGAGCAAUUACGACACGAAAGGGAAGACGGCGGUUGACACGGUCUUCAGGUUUGAUCCUCGCUACAACAAGUGGAUGCAAGUUGCAUCUUUAAAUGAGAAGCGCACCUUCUUCCACCUAAGUGCCCUCAAAGGACAUUUGUAUGCAGUUGGUGGUCGAAACGCAGCGGGUGAGCUAGCCACUGUGGAAUGUUACAAUCCCAGAAUGAAUGAAUGGAGCUACGUCGCGAAGAUGAACGAACCCCACUACGGACAUGCUGGAACCGUGUACGGGGGAUUGAUGUAUAUUUCAGGGGGAAUUACCCACGACACUUUCCAAAAGGAACUUAUGUGUUUUGACCCUGACACAGACAAAUGGACUCAGAAGGCGCCGAUGACCACAGUCAGAGGUCUGCACUGCAUGUGUACUGUAGGAGACAAGCUGUACGUUAUUGGUGGGAAUCACUUUCGAGGCACCAGUGAUUAUGAUGAUGUUCUAAGCUGUGAAUAUUACUCACCAACUCUAGACCAGUGGACUCCAAUUGCUGCCAUGUUGCGUGGGCAAAGCGAUGUUGGGGUUGCUGUCUUUGAAAAUAAAAUCUAUGUUGUUGGAGGCUAUUCUUGGAAUAAUCGGUGUAUGGUGGAAAUAGUUCAGAAAUAUGAUCCAGAAAAAGAUGAGUGGCACAAAGUGUUUGACCUCCCGGAAUCACUCGGGGGCAUCCGAGCCUGCACUCUCACCGUUUUCCCCCCGGAGGACAAUACAGGGUCACCAUCCAGAGAGUCUCCUCUUUCAGCACCGUAGAACACCCCUUGACUUACGAUGUUGUAGUAACACCUCUGCACUGCAUCAUGGAGUCUGUUCCUUCUCUUCAGUAGUUUCUGUUAGGCUUAGCCUACAGCGUUUCGUACGAUUACUGGAAAA